UUAUCAUGUCGUUAGACUUAAAUGCUUCUUUAGAAACGCUUAUUUAAUUUUUGAUUUUUUUUAAAUGAUUGUCUUUCAUCUGAAUUUUUAAGAGUGCAGUAUGAAGUUUGUCAGUUUUAAUGGAACCAAUAUGAAUAUGUAAAUGAUUCUUUUUGUGUCACAUCGAAUUGUAAGUUUCUUAAAAAGUUUUAAUUUUACUCGAUGACUGGAGCCAAAAUAAGAAAUACGGAAUGCAGUUCAUUAAAUACGAUGAAUUGCACGAGAAUCUUAAUCGACUGGAUUGUGAAACAAUCUAUGAUUGACAAGACUGCGAAUGUGAAUAAUUGUGAAACGAAGAAGCAUCAGCAAUGUGGAUUUUUUGUAUACUGAUCAAACUUUUCCAACUUAUAAUUUUGUUGAUGUUGUCUGGGAUUCUGUUUUCUGUUGCUGCUGUUUCGCGUUUGAUGGAAAUAUCGAUUAUCCUGGUAUAUCCUACAGCCGUAUUCUUAUUACGACAGGCUGCAAAUUUAGUCAUCUUUCUAACAAUCCUGACGGCAAAAAUGACAUCCUCGGCGUUUCACAAACUAUGCACACUUGUUAAAUGCAAUAAUCAGCAGCUGGAAACGGCUCCUCAACAAGAACCAUCGCUGAGAGUUGCUCAACUUCAACUUGACGUGCAAACUCCUUUUGUGCUGUACAAAAGUAGCAUCCUUGAAGAAAUACCACAAGAUAUUCUAUCUUCAAAAGAUGAAUUUUCUGCUGUAACAUUAGCAGACAAGGGUAUUAUCGAACCCGCACAAGAUCAAUUACAGGAUAACAUCUAGGAAGAAUUAACCGCACGCAAGGAUACUAUUGAUUGCUGAUUAAAAAAAGGAUUGUUGAUUAUCAGAUGAAGAAAAUAAUUACAAAAUAAUUAUUUUAUUUACAUAAAUUUAUAA